AUGUCGGGGGAAUCGUCAUCAAAUCAGGGUGGUGAAACGGAGGAGAGAAAAAUAUGCGCAAAUGGUGGUUCUGUACAAACGGAAACCGUCGAAGCAAAGCUCGAUGCGGGUAAUAUUGAUGAAGCCGAAUCUGCUUUGCGUGAAGGUUUAUCACUCAAUUCCGAGGAAGCACGCGCUCUUCUUGGAAGAUUGGAAUAUCAAAGAGGAAAUGUAGAAGCUGCUCUUGGAGUAUUUGAAGGCAUUGAUCUUGAAGAUGCUAUACAACGCCUGCAAUCAUGUUCUACAGAGAAAAUACAUAAAAAGGGUGGGCUUUCAGGCCCACAUCUGGGGGCCAAUCUCGUGCUUGAAGCCAUAUAUUUGAAAACCAAGUCACUUCAAAAACUCAACAGGAUUAAAGAUGCUGCUGAAGAGUGUAAGAGAGUUCUUGAUGCAGUAGAGAAGAUAUUCCCACAAGGGAUUCCAGAGGCUUUCGUAGACACCAAACUACAAGAAACAAUCAGCCGAGCCGUUGAGCUCCUCCCACAACUAUGGGCGGAAGCCAGUAGCUACCACGAAGCCAUCGCUUCCUAUCGGCGUGCCCUUCUCACUCACUGGAACCUCGAUAACGACAGUUGUGCCCGAAUCCAAACAAACUUUGCAGUAUUUCUACUCUAUGGCGGAAUCGAAGCCGUAUCACCAAGCACAGCCACGCAAGUCGAUGGCACAUAUAACCCUAAAUCCAACAUCGAAGAAGCCAUUUUACUUUUGAUGAUCUGCAUGCGAAAGUUUUCACUCGGCAAGGCGAAAUGGGAUCCGGCUGUUGUAGAACACCUCACUUUUGCUCUCUCACUUUGCAACCAAACGCCGAUUUUAGCAAAACAAAUGGAAGAGGUGAUUCCCGGAGUAAUUCAUCGUGUCGAUCUGUGGAAAAAUUUAGCACUUUGUUUUAGUGCGAUCGGACACCGGAAAACCGCGCUCGAUUUGUUGAAAAAAGCCCUUCACAAACACGAAAAACCCGACGAUAUCACCUCGUUGCUGUUAGCCGCUAAAAUUUGCUCCGAGGAUUCCAGUUUCGCGGCGGAGGGAAUCGAGUAUGCUCAACGCGCGGUGAGUUGUUCUAAAAUCGGAAACGAACAUUUACAGGGCGUAUGCCUUAGGGUUUUAGGGCUUUGUUACGGGAAACAAGCGAGUAUUUCUGCCUCCGAUUACGAACGUUCACGGCUUCAAUCGGAGGCGUUGAAAUCGUUAGAUGAAGCGAUUACGUUCGAUCCUGAGAAUUCCGAUUUGGUUUUUGAGCUAGGGAUACAAUACGCGAUGCAGAGGAACUUGAAUAACGCAUUGCGAUUAGCUAAACAGUAUAUCGAUGCAACCGGUGGGUCGAUGCUACGUGGUUGGAGGCUUUUGGCUUUGAUUUUAUCGGCCCAACAACGGUUUCAAGAGGCGGAGGUGGUGACGGAUGCGGCUUUAGAUGAAACCGCGAAGUGGGAUCAAGGGCCGCUUUUGAGAUUGAAGGCGAAAUUGAGAAUUGCUCAAUCACGACACUUGGAUGCGAUUGAAACUUAUCGACAUUUGCUUGCUUUGAUUCAAGCACAAAAGAAAUCUUAUGCGCCACUUCAUAGUACACACCAGAUUGAAGAUGAUAGAGUAAACGAGUAUGAAGUUUGGCAGGGUUUAGCGAAUUUAUAUUCUAGCCUCUCACGUUGGAAAGAUGCAGAGAUAUGCUUGGGGAAAGCUAGAGCAAUUAUUGAAUGUUCAUCUGAAACAUUGCAUACUGAGGGGACGAUUUACCAAAGGCGUGGAGAAAUUGAUGAAGCCCUAGCUACCUAUGUUAACUCUCUACUAAUAGAGGCAACUUAUGUACCUUCGAAGAUAUGUGUGGGGGCAAUUAUGUCAAAUCGUGGCUUGGCCAUGUUGCCUGUGGCUCGAACCCUCCUCUCAGAUGCGCUACGGCUUGAGCCCACGAACCGCAUGGCGUGGCUCCACUUGGGAUUUGUUCAUAAACUCGAUGGACGGUCAUCUGAUGCCAUAGACAGCUUCCAAGCCGCCUCCAUGCUCGAAGAAUCCGAUCCUAUCGAAAGCUUUUACUCAAUUCUUUAAUUUUUGUUGUAAUCAAAAGGAUUUUAAAUUAUUCAUUCUUUUAUUCUUUUAGUUUCCGUGACCUUGGCCUUGUUUUAACAAUAUCUUUGUUUUAGUGGGAAGGAGGUGAGAAUCUGUAUCUAAUGUACAUUAGAUACAAAUUAUCUCUCUCUUUAAUGUUGGUUGUGAUACCGGUUGAUGAGGGGGCAUUAUCAUUUUUUUUUUCUUUUUUUUUUGUAGCAAAAUGUAUAAACUUUGUGGGGUGUAGAAGGAAGUUGUGUUGUGGAAGAACUCAAUUUUUUUUCAUGAUCGAUG